AUGGACUUUACAGAAUCCGCUGAGGGCUUUGAGGCCACUGCGGGUGAUCACCCGGUUGAACAAAGGCUGGAACCCCUCUUGGCGGGCUUUCGCGAACUCGGGGACACCGUGUGCCGUUUCAGAGCGCGCAAUGGCGUCACCUUCUCUGUGCCAUCCUUGUUGCGGCUGGACCUGGACCCGGCUCACCAGCUUGGUGGUUUGGUUUCUACCAGUUCCCAUAGGAACUUGUUUGAUACGUACCUGUCCUUGGACACUGGCUGGCUCUGGCCGGCGGCACUCAGCCACGAACGUGGUGCGUGGACGGGGAACAAGACGAUCGUGACAUGGUCAUACCGGCAGCUGGACCCUUGUCCCAGAUCUAUCUGCAUAAGGCCAGCCUGGCGAUCCACCAACAAUUUCGACGUGCGUAUUCCAGAUCCGGAUGGUCUUCCCCGGGGUGCACCAUUCGGCAAGACCAACCAAGUCUUUGAAAGAAACAAAGAAAAGAGAAACUUCAUUCAGCAUGUCUCUGAAAUCUACACGCCAGGUAGAGGGGGCGUGGAUGAACGCGCAAGCAGGAUGAUGCGGUUUGAUUAGCGACCACCACAUGGCGGAUCGUGGCGGCGGAGAGUUUCGAACGAGGCCGCCAGCCCCGGGAAAAGUCACGGCGGCGAGCAUCAACCGGCCAUUGAACCCGAUUCCUCCGUCCCGGGGCAGACAAAGUCCCGCCUCGCCCACGCGCUACCAACGCUCU